AUGGGUGAUGGAAAUGUCCGACGCGCGUGCGGACGGCAACAAGCUCCGACCCGGGAGAUAGGAGCAAGCUUGUACAGCCUAACAAAGGUCCAUUGCAAAGUGGCUGAACGGCUGAAAGGACAAGGGCAGAGGAACGAAGAGAGCAGUCCUGUGUCGAACGUCGCGUUGGAUCGAUCGAUGGUGCGCGCUCAGCUGGCGCUGAUGCGGAUACUGAUUCUGGUACUGGUACUGGUCCUGGUACCGUUGAUCCAAGAUGCCCAGACGAUAGAAGGACAAGGCGUCAUAGACGUGAGGUACUAUUACUCUGGAUGGGACUUGGCGAGGUAUCGAGUACCUAUCCCUAUGUCUAGACCCACGACUCUUUGCUUGCUGGAAACUUGAGGUGAGGGCAUGGAUAGUGCAUUUUUACGGAGUUGGUCCGUGAUGAUAGGACUUCUUAGGACUCCUAGAGAG